GACCCCGGAGCCGUCGCAGGUCUCUGUCCGAGGGGCCCCUUUUCUCGGAAGGGCGGCGGCCGAAACGGGGGAAGGUGGCUCUCAGGUAGCGAAUCUGGGCUUCGGGGACGGCGGGGACCAGGGGCGGACGGGAGGAUGAGCUCCCCCGGCACCGAGAGCGCGGGGAAGAGCCUACAGUACCGAGUGGACCACCUGCUGAGCGCGGUGGAGAGCGAGCUGCAGGCGGGCAGCGAGAAGGGCGACCCCACGGAGCGCGAGCUGCGCGUAGGCCUGGAGGAGAGCGAGCUGUGGCUGCGCUUCAAGGAGCUCACCAACGAGAUGAUCGUGACCAAGAACGGCAGGAGGAUGUUCCCGGUGUUGAAGGUGAACGUGUCUGGGCUGGACCCCAACGCCAUGUACUCCUUCCUGCUGGACUUUGUGGCGGCCGACAACCACCGCUGGAAGUACGUGAACGGGGAGUGGGUGCCCGGGGGCAAGCCCGAGCCGCAGGCGCCCAGCUGCGUCUACAUCCACCCCGACUCGCCCAACUUUGGGGCCCACUGGAUGAAGGCUCCGGUCUCCUUCAGCAAAGUCAAGCUCACCAACAAGCUCAACGGAGGGGGCCAGAUCAUGCUGAACUCCUUGCAUAAGUACGAGCCUCGAAUUCACAUAGUGAGAGUUGGGGGUCCACAGCGCAUGAUCACCAGCCAUUGCUUCCCCGAGACCCAGUUCAUAGCGGUGACUGCUUAUCAGAACGAGGAGAUCACAGCUCUUAAAAUUAAGUACAAUCCAUUUGCAAAAGCUUUCCUUGAUGCAAAGGAAAGAAGUGAUCACAAAGAGAUGAUGGAGGAACCCGGAGACGGCCAGCAGCCUGGGUACUCCCAAUCAGGGGGGUGGCUUCUUCCUGGAACCAGCACCCUGUGUCCACCUGCAAAUCCUCAUCCUCAGUUUGGAGGUGCCCUCUCCCUCCCCUCCACGCACGGCUGUGACAGGUACCCGGCCCUGAGGAGCCACCGGUCCUCGCCCUACCCCAGCCCCUACACUCAUCGGAACAAUUCUCCAACCUAUUCUGACAAUUCACCUGCAUGUUUAUCCAUGCUGCAAUCCCAUGACAACUGGUCCAGCCUCGGAAUGCCUGCCCAUCCCAGCAUGCUCCCCAUGAGCCACAAUGCCAGCCCCCCUACCAGCUCCAGUCAGUACCCCAGCCUGUGGUCCGUGAGCAACGGCGCCGUCACCCCGGGCUCCCAGGCAGCAGCCGUGUCCAACGGGCUGGGGACCCAGUUCUUCCGGGGCUCCCCCGCGCACUACGCACCCCUCACCCAUCCGGUCCCGGUGCCCUCUUCCUCUGGAUCCCCACUGUACGAAGGGGCGGCGGCGGCCACAGACAUCGCGGACAGCCAGUACGACGCCGCCCAAGGCCGCCUCAUAGCCUCAUGGACACCUGUGUCGCCGCCUUCCAUGUGAGGCAGCCAGGCCCAGGUCCUGGAGGAUGCAGGGAC